GCGUCCGUGUCAAUACGCGCUCGAGCUUGCAGGGAGCUGAACUGAGAUGGAGAAUCGAUUUUAAUGACGUGUUUUAUCUGCAAUGAAUGAAGGCACGGUGCUGCGAGGGCGGUACUGAUUCGGCUAGCAUGCUAACGCCAUGCAGGUUUCGAUUCUAGGUCUGUCGGGGCUGACCUUUAGGGGUACUCACCUCCCAGUUAGAAUGUCAAACAAACAAUACCUUGGUAUCAAUAAAGAGCCUGGUUUUAUUGGAGUAUAAAAUUAAAACCAAUUUACAGCUCAACAAAAAGACAUUCCAAUAAAAACAUAGAUGGUUGUCUCGCUGACAGUCGUGAGGUUUGAAUCUGAGACAUUUGCAUGUUCUCACUGCACUUUGUGCGGGUUCCAAAAAUAAGCAUGUUGUGUUGAUGCUGGAAUUACACGAGCGCUACACUGACGGAAACAAUCAUUCUACACCGAGGACGGAUCUGAUGGAUGACUUGCUGACGAAGCAAAUCGAUGGUCCAAGGACAGAACAUGAAGUGGAGCGUGAAUGUGAAAUGGGACUUCAGUCAAUGGCACCGACACUGGUCCACUCUGGUCACAACACAACAACUCUGGUCAGAUUUAUUCAUUCAUAAUAAUGAUUAUAAUUCUUUUGUUUGUAUUUUCCAGUCCUCUACUGUAUAGGCUUUUACCUUUGGAAUGAUGAGACACGCUGGGCCGGUUUCACGCUCGGGCUCUUCCUUCCGGGUACCGCGGUCCAGCUGCUGAGCGUCAAAUGGUACUAUGACGAUGGUGACGAUAGGAGGUGGUACCUCUCCACCAUACAUAUUCUUCACUUGGGCAUCUUCAAACGUCACGUGAGACGUCAACAUCAUUUAUUUUGCAAAAGGACCAACCUUGAAAGGGAAGUUACUAUCAAUUUUGUCCACUGUACUGGAAUGCAGAGUCCUCCUAUGGAAAGCUGUGUUUAUGUCGCCCUCUGCUGGUAGGCUGUGGGACUGCAUGAGGUACGUGUCACGCAUGUACGGCUCGGUGGCGGAGCUCGGCGCUGUCGUCAUGCUGCAGGCGGACGUCGCUGCCCUUUGGCUCUUGGAGGCUCUGGUGCUCAGCCUGCCCCAGAGCCUCCUGCAAGCGUAUAUCGUCGUGUCCACCGACGUGGGCAUCAUGUCCCCGGUGGCCUACAGCUGUGGUCUUUGCGUGCUGUCCGUUUCCUGGGCCCUGGUGUUGUACAGCCGCGCCUGCUGUCUCAUCCGGCCGGGCCAUCUCGCCAUGCCUCCAGCGGCCUUGCUCUGCCAGCUGGUGUGGAGGGCGGGCAUGCUGGGCGCCAGGGUGACUUGCCUCAUGUUCUUCGCCAGGGUGUUCAACUGGUGGGUCUGCGGUGUGGCAGGUUUUCACUGGCUGACUGCCUCCUUCUGGCUGGUAUCGCAGCAACCAGACAUCUGCACCGGGCCCUGGUGUUGGCGUGCCUUCAACAGUCUCCUGGGGCUAGUCCACGUCUUCCUCUUUCUCAACGUUAAAGACGGACCGUCGCGCUUCCGCAUGGCCAGCUUUUAUACAUUCAUGCUCAUUGAGAACACCACAUUGUUGCUGGCUGCCUCCGAUUUACUUAGCGAAGCAUCGUGGGACAACAUGACCCUCCCCAUCACUGUCCUGUGCAGCUUUACCCUGGGCGCUACCUCCCUGGUUGUCUACUACCGGUUCCUUCAUCCCAAGUCAACAGAGAUAGCCCAGGGUCUCCACCACAACCACAUGGGUAGCACGUGCAUCGAACGAGGGGAGUCGUCCUUCUCUCUCGGGGACAAAAGUCUUCCGGUUGGCGGCGAGCAAAACCACGGCAGCUUCUCUCUCUCCGGUGUGGCCGGUUCACUGCUGGAGCAUCCGAGCACAUGCGGAGGCAGGCCCAACAGCUCCUGUCCCUGUUACCACCAUCACUGGCUUCUCAUCCGACUGGCCCUCAAAACGGGCGACUUGGGUAAGAUCAACCGGGCGUACGGGGCGGGUGGAGCGGCAGCCAUCUUGGACUUGGAGGAGUACAACCAGGAGUUUAAGAGUAGCGAAGGCAUCCCCUGCUCGACAGAGGGCAACUGCGAGGGCGUCUCGACGUCCGAGUCUCAGGGGCCGGGCUUGGCGCCGCUGUCGGACUGCAAGGACGAGUUCCAGACUGUGAGUGAACCCACCUCCUUUGAACAAGCAGAGGAUGACAGUCUGGAGAUGGAGAGUCCGCUGGAGUCGCCCGCGUCGGAUUUCAAGCGCAGCUCGCCUGAGGGCAAGUCUGUAUUUGGAGACAGUCCGGAGCCAUAUUUCUGCCCCACGGAGUCCAGUUCCACCUUGUACUUCAGUGCGGAUCCCCAAUCGCCCAGCAGCGCCAGUAACCCUCAUUUGGACCGGGAUGCUGGGGCUUUGGAACAGGGGGCGCGUCUCAAUUCCGGUCCAAGCGAUCCGGCUCUUCAUAGGGACAUCCGAGGGCUGAUCGGCCGUGUUGGGCCACGCUACACAUCCACCCCAAAACUGGACUCGGGAGUGCUGGACUCUCCCUCAGGUGUCCCUCACCUCACCGGGCCCAGAAGGCAGCUCAUAAUGUCCCGAAGGGACAACAAUGAACAUUUCUGACUGAUUCAGGGAUCGGGUGAAUCCAUGACUACAUUUUUAGCUUCUCUGUUAUAAGGUGACAGGACAUACCUCAAAUUGAGCAAUGUGAGGCGAGCAUACAGUGUAUAAAAAGCUAUUACCGUCAAAGACGUAGCAAUAUAUUGCACAAGUGCUAAAUUUACACUCGGAGCCAUUUGAUGGUCUUUUAAUGCUAUUAGUAAUAAUAAGCUAAUUGGCGCACAUUCAACAAACCUCUAAGCUGUAAUCAUUCAUCAACAACCAUAUUCCCUCAAAUUUGUUUGACGCCACGCACCAAUUAAUCCCCGGGUGCAUCACUGUAUUAGAUUGUAUAGCAAUUAACACGUGUAGCCUUUACAUUACAAAGUCAAAGUUUGUAACCUGAGUGAUAAAUCAUAUGAGUACAUUGUAGAAUUUAUGAAUAUAGGCUACACCCAUGAUAUACGUAAAUACCAGACAAACUUCAUCGGUUGGCAACCUGCAGCGUAUUUGUUAAAAAAAAAUCUGCCUCAAUAUACUUACUGUAUGUAUUUUGGGCAUUUACUGCAAACAUAUCAAUUUGCUGUGCUUUGAGCUGAAUGGAUUGAUGUGUUGAUUGAUAAAAUCUGAACUGUGAAUUUCAAAGCCACCAGUGGCUUUAAAUAAGCAAUAAAAUGCAGACAUAUUGAAAUAAAGUUAUUUUAAACUGUGA